AGAGCACAGAUGCGCAUAGAAAGCGCAAAGGACACUCUGCUGUUACUGUUGAAGAGUCUGCCCAUGGGAUGCUACUUCAAUAUCUAUGGAUUUGGCUCUAAUUUUGAGUCCUUCUACCCUCAGAGUGUCGAAUACAAUCAGAAAACUAUGGAUCAGGCUCUGAAGAGAGUGAAGAAAAUGAAAGCAGACAUGGGCGGCACAGAGAUUUUGGAGCCUCUAAAACACAUUUACAGUCAGCCCUGUUACCCCGACCACCCCAGACAGCUGUUCAUCUUCACUGAUGGAGAGGUGGAGAACACUAAAGAGGUGCUGGAUCUGGUGAAACAUCAUGCUCACUCUCACAGGUGUUUCUCAUUCGGGAUUGGUGAGGGUGCAAGUACCGCCCUCAUCACAGGAAUGGCCAGGGAGGGAUCUGGUCACGCUCAGUUCAUCACAGGCACCGACCGCAUGCAGCCCAAAGUGAUGCAGUCCCUCAGGUUUGCGCUGCAGCUCGCUGUGGAUAAUAUCUCUGUGGAUUGGACCCUUCCAGAUGGCAUUACUGUUGACACACUGUCUCCACAGAUUAAUGUGCUCUUCCAGGGUCAAAGGUCACUCAUUUACGCCCAACUUAAAGGAGAGAGUUCAGGAGGCUCUGAGGGAACAGUGACAGUCAAAUACAGUUUGAAAGAUCAACCAGUAACAAACCAGCUCCACUUCUGCCUCAAACCAUCUGAAGAAACAGGGUUGGCCGUCCACCGGCUGGCAGCUCGGACCCUGAUCCGCUCUCUGGAGCAGGAGGAGAGGUCAGGUGAUGCAUAUUUUGAGAGCAGGAUAGUGGAGCUCAGUGUUCAGGCAGGAGUGAGCAGUGUUCAUACAGCCUUCAUUGCCGUUAAUAAAGACAGCAGACAGAUUGUGGAAGGACCCCUGCUGCAGAGAAGAGUGCAGACAUACGAUGUGUAUCAACAACGUGCCCUGUUAGGUUUGCAACUAGGAUGUAGCGUAGUAAACGCAGUGAGAUCCCAUGAUGGCAUCGAUGAACAAUCGUUUCACUGCUCAAAAAUGCUCGGUUCUUUCAGUAAGAAGGCAAUAAAAGCCGCUCCUGACCCCCAGAAGGACCCGUUACUUCAGCUGGUUUCUCUCCAGAAGGCGUCAGGCUGCUGGGAGCUGGACGCCACACUGGCUGAUGUGUUUGGGAAGACGGAGGACGAGCUGACCAAUCAGAAACCAGCACAGGUGGAUGGGUCAGUAUGGGCCACUCUCCUGGCUCUGAUCUGGUUAUACGGCUGUAAAAUAGAGCAGCAGGUCGAGUGGCAGUUUGUGGCCAUGAAGGCAGCGUCAUGGAUCGGCUCUCAGAAAGUGGGCGAUCUGUCUCAGUGUUUGUGUGUGGGUAAUGUCCUGCUCGGAUCUCAGGUGACCAAAGAGACUCUGGGAAUCUGAAGACGUCAGUGUUUCCACAUCAUGUGCUUUAAUACAAACACU